AUGUAAAAUGAAGGUUAUUCUACAAAUUUAGAAAAAGCAAUAACAAUUUUAUAGAACGAUAAGAAAUAUUUGUAAAAUGAAAAUGACAAGUUGAAGUAAAUAUUAAAUGAUAUUUAGAAUCUAAUUAGAAGAGUCAAUUGAAGAAGUGUGUUUAUUAAAAGCAGAAACUAUAAGUAUUAAUGAUCUGUUAAAUAAAGAAAUAGAAAAGAAUAAAAUAAACUAGAUUCAUAUUGAGUAACAAAUAUUUAAAUGUANGAGUAAUAAAAAUGAUUGGAAUCUUAUAUUAUCCUAAAAAUUGAAUGAUUAAUUCCUAUCAGUAUAAGUAAAUUAAAAAGGAACAAUUUUAGCUGUGAUUUCAAGAAAUUUUGGAUAUUUUUGGAUUGAGUACCUCAUUUUCCAUAAAAGAAAAUGGAUAUUUAAGAAUAAAUUUAAAUUGAAAUAAGAUCCAGAUCCAUAUUUAUCCAUACAUGAUUUUAAUAUAUCACAAAAUCUCUAAUUUUGCACAUACUAAUUUUAAUGGAAUAGAAAAUACUAAAGGAUUAAUGCAUUUUCUAUAACUAAUUUUUUCAAAAGAAUUUAAAGAUUAAAAAUUAGAGGAUCAGAAAUAAUAUUCUCUAAAAAUGGUAAUUUUUUUGUGGUUCAAAGUCUAGAAAAAAUGGAAUUAAAAAUAUUUUAUAAUUUUCAGUUUGAUUACUUACUUUUUUAAUCUUAAUCUAUGAUCAAUAGUUAUAUUAUUGAAUCAAAUUCUACUAUAUUAAUUCAUACAAAGGAAUUAGUUUAAUGGAAUUUCAAAAUAAAUUAAAUAACUAAGAUUAAGACUCCAAAUGAUAUUUUUUAGUAGAAUUAAUCAAGGUUGAUGAGAUUUGUUGGAAAUUUUUUGUUAGUUUAAUUUAAUAAUGAAAUAAUAGUUUUUGAAUAAUUAUAAUAAAAAUUGAAAUAUUUUACAACUUAUUCUUUUAAAGGAGGAUAGAUAAUUCAAUUUUCUUUUGAUAGAUAAAUAAUGAUUGAGCAGAUAAACAAUAAAUAGUUUAAUAUUUUAUAAAUUUGA